AUGAAUUCAGACACCACCCUUUCAGAGGUUCCCCGGCCGUACAGCUCUUUUAGCACAGGAAAGAAGAGAUACAUUGUCUCUACAGCGGCCGGAGCUGGCCUCUUUUCCUCCCUGUCGGCACAGAUUUACUUCCCGGUCCUGAAUACACUAGCCGAGGAUUUGAAUGUGUCUGCCUCCUUGAUCAACCUGACUGUCACAAGUUACAUGAUUUUCCAAGGGAUUGCUCCCAUGUUUAUUGGUGACUUUGCAGACAGAACAGGUCGUCGACCCGCGUAUAUCAUUUGCUUCAUUAUUUACAUCGCCUCAAACAUCGGCCUCGCUUUACAAGACAGCUAUGCCGCUCUUAUCGUUUUACGAUGCUUGCAAAGCUCUGGAAUCAGCAGUAGUGUUGCGCUGUCUGCGGCUACCGUUGCCGAUAUCAGCACCAAACAAGAACGAGGAUCGAUGAUGGGCUUCGUCAUGGCAGGGAAUUUUAUGGGACCAGCCAUUGGACCCAUUAUAGGUGGUCUCCUAUCCCAAUACCUGGGCUGGCGAUCUAUAUUCUGGUUUCUGACCAUCGCAUCUGGUGUCUUUUUGCUGCCUCUUCUGCUGUUCCUCCCUGAGACAGCAAGAAAUGUUGUUGACGAUGGCUCCAUUCCAGCACAGCCAUGGAAUCAACCUUUCAUUCAAUAUUUCUAUCGCCGGAGCUCAGACAAGAAGGCUGCCUCGUCCAAGGCCAUUGAUGAGCAGCCGGAUAGCAGUGACUCGCCAAAGAAGAUCGAGCACAGGCUCCGAUUCCCCAAUCCACUGAAACCUCUUAAACUUGUCUGCCACGUCAACUCUAUCAUUAUCCUGUUGGUCACAGGGGUUAUCAUGGGCGGAAACAUGACAGUGCUCUCAUCUAUCACUGAGAUCUACACCGCGCAGUAUGGCCUGGACGAACUUGAGAUUGGUCUUUGUUAUAUCACGCUGGGCACUGGAUCCAUCGUGGCCUCCGUUGUGACCGGCAGACUACUCGACUGGAACUAUCGUCGCAUGGGCUUGAAAAGGGCCGCGGACUCUACCUCCGGACAGACAACGGAUGAUAAAAUUCCAGUUGAGAAGGCUCGAAGUAUGGUCACUAUCCCACUUGUUGUCUUGGGAAGUGUGACCGUGCUGGCCUUUGGGUGGGUACUCAAAUACGGUGAACCCCUACCAGCACCCGAAGUUCUUCUUUUCUUUGUCGGUGUUGGACAGACAGGUGGCUUUAUUUCUACUUCGACCCUUUUGGUCGAUUUGCACACGUCAAACCCUGCCGCUGCGACCGCUGCCAACAACAUGGUACGGUCUUUCUUCUCGGCUGGCGCGUCUGCUGCUAUUGAUCCAAUGUUGAAUGCAAUGGGUCGUGGCUGGGCAUUUACCCUUGUUGCAUUCAUUCUGUUGGGUACUAUACCUUUCCUCUUGUUGCUGUGUGGAAUGUGGCGUCAAGAAAAAGACUCUGGGUUGAGGUCGGAGCACUAA